UUAAUAAAACUAGGCUUCUGAUUGGCUUGACAAAUGAUUCCACUCAACAGAAGAUGCCUGCGGAGAAGAAUAGCGAAGCUACUAGUAGCAGAAGUCAAAGAGAACAAGAACAACCCUCGGACCUGAAUGAAACAGGAAAUGUAUCUGCUACUUUGGAAGGUGGAGUUAGACAAAGCGGACCAAAGGAAAAACCUGUAAACCAUUUUGGUGCUAAUAAGCCAAUGGCUCCUGGAAAGGCCACACAGCAGAUGGAAAAAUUCAUGAAUCCACAUGACAUUCGCAAGACACUCACUGAAGCUGGCUACGGAGUAUUGAAAAUGAAGAGGAGGGAUCCUCGGGUCAUCAUAACCUCGCCAGUAACAUCAAUAGCAAAAAGAUCUGCAACCCGGUCUCCGGUCAUAAGUGCAACACCAUUGAAACGUACAGACGCCACAACUGUAGGAAAAAUAACCCCAAGGAAGACACCUGACCCAAAGAUGAAUCUGAAUGGUUUUGGAGAGGACUCAACUCCACAUAAGGUGCCAAAUGAAGAGAACAGCGAAGCUAGGAGUAGAAAAAGGAAAAGUCAACAACCCUCAAGUGCUGGGACUAGCAGUGUUUCAAAUGCUAUGAUCAAUGGUGCAAGUAAAAGUAUUUGCAACAAUGCUGAAGUUGUUGUACAGCCUCUCUCUGCUUGGAUAAUGGGUUUACCUUUUGCAAAGGCGUUACCAUUUUGGAAGACGUAUGAAUCAGCCGGUUUCGAAUCUUUUCCGCAACGACCUCACUUCAGCCCAUUGCUUAAAGAUAAAGAAGAUCUCCGUGAGUUGUUGGCCGUUGGUAUGAUAGUCACCUUUUAUGGGUUACUAGACGAAGUAAAGGGUCUGAAGCUGGAUGAUCCUAUGAGCAAGCUCAAGGAUCUCAGGGUGAAAUUUGCCAAACUAAAAGUUCAUGGUUUCAACAUUAAAUCUCCUCAAGGUCGAAUCAACAAAUUGUUGUUUCUUAAAGAGGUGCGAGCUAAGAAAGCCGAGAAACAACAACGUUUUGAGAACUACAUGGAAAAGGAAGAAAGUGAAAGUCGCAAGUUACAAUCUAAGAGGGCUGGGAUGAAACGCAAGAUCUGUGAGCUGCAGACACAAGAUAAAGUUGCGAAAGUGAGGAUGGAAGCCGCUGAGGAAAAGAUAGCAGAUAUGAAGUCACAUGCAGAAAAGAUUGGUCAAGAAAUUGAAGAAAUGGAGGUUGAGUUUCAAAAAGUUGUAUCGGCUCUAUGCUUUGGUAAAUGA